UUUUUUUUCAUUUUUUUUUUCUUUUUCUUUAAAAAUAUAUUGUCAAAUUCUUCUUGAUUUAAUUACUUUAUAAUGAGCACUAAAAGAAGAAUUGAUGAAAUCUUGAGUGAUGAAGAAGAGGAAGACGAUGUUCAAUUAGACGAUAAACUACAAUCAAAAUUAUAUGUGCCUAAAAAUGCAACCCUUGAGAUCAAUUCAUUAAAGCCACGUAAUGAAACUAUAAACGAAUUAAAUAAAUCUGAUUUUAUUUCACAUAUAUUUGGUCGCGAGGAUUAUACACAUCUUCCUUUGAAACAAGAUCAUGCUUCUAGACCAUUAUGGAUUAGUCCUGAAGAUGGUCAUAUUAUUUUAGAAGGAUUUUCACCCAUUGCUGAGCAAGCACAGGAUUUUUUAGUUGCCAUUAGUGAACCAGUUAGUCGACCUGCUCAUAUUCACGAAUAUAAAUUAACCCCUUAUUCUUUAUAUGCUGCUGUAUCAGUUGGCCUUGAAACAGAAGAUAUCAUUGAAGUUUUAAACCGUCUUUGUAAAGUACCUGUACCCGAUUCAAUUACACAAUUUAUUCGCCAGUGUACUUUAUCGUAUGGCAAGGUUAAGCUUGUCUUGAAACAUAAUCGAUAUUUUGUUGAAUCAUCUCAUCCAGAGACUCUUCAAAUGUUAUUAAAAGAUUCAGUUAUUAGCGCAGGACGUAUUGUACGUGAUGAAAAUGAUCAAGUUAUCAGUGCACCUCCUGGUUCCGCAGCACUUUUGGUCAAUGCGAAACCUACAGGAAAGGAUUUAACUAUUCCGGGUAUUUCAAAACCUAAACCUGCUGAAGAUAACAAAAGCGAAAAACCUAAAGAGUUAACAGCAGAGGAAAUUGAACGACAAAAAGAGGAAGAAAAAUAUUUUGGUGCUGUUGUAGGUAUUGAUAAAGAAGAUGAGGAAGAUGAUAUUGGCGAUGAACAAGUUCACUCUUUCGAAAUUGCUGCAGAACAUGUAGAGAAUGUUAAAAAAAGAUGUAAUGAUAUUGAUUAUCCAAUGUUGGAAGAAUAUGACUUUCGUAAUGAUUCAAUUAACGCAAACCUUGACAUUGAUUUGAAGCCUACAACUACCAUUCGUCCUUAUCAAGAAAAGAGUCUUUCAAAAAUGUUUGGUAAUGGCCGUGCUCGUUCUGGUAUUAUUGUGUUACCUUGUGGUGCAGGUAAAACACUUGUAGGUAUUACUGCUGCCUGUACUAUUAAAAAGAGUUGUUUAGUUUUAUGUACAUCAUCUGUAUCUGUUAUGCAAUGGAAGCAGCAAUUUUUACAAUGGAGCAGUAUUAAAGAAAAUCAAGUAGCUGUGUUUACAUCUGAUUGUAAAGAAAAAUUUUCCGGCGCAUCAGGUAUUGUUAUUUCAACAUACUCUAUGGUAGCAAAUAAGCGUAAGCGUUCAUAUGAUGCUCAGAAAAUGAUGGAUUUCUUGGAAUCUCGCGAAUGGGGCUUUUUACUUUUAGAUGAAGUUCAUGUGGUCCCUGCCAAUAUGUUUCGUACUGUUGUUACUACAAUUGCUGCUCAUGCUAAAUUAGGUCUUACUGCUACUCUUGUACGUGAAGAUGAAAAGAUUGAUGAUCUAAACUUUUUGAUUGGUCCCAAAUUAUAUGAAGCUAAUUGGAUGGACUUGGCUAGUCGAGGUCAUAUUGCAAAUGUACAAUGUGCUGAAGUAUGGUGUCCUAUGACACCCGAAUUUUAUAAAGAGUAUUUAUAUGAAAAUUCUCGUAAACGUAUGUUGCUUUAUGUCAUGAACCCUAAGAAAUUCCAAGCUUGUCAAUACCUGAUCAAUUAUCAUGAAAGACGUGGUGAUAAAAUUAUUGUCUUUUCUGAUAACGUUUAUGCACUGGUCGAAUAUGCAAAAAAACUUGGAAAGCCUUACAUUUAUGGUGGUACAGGCCAACAAGAACGUAUGCGUAUUUUACAAAACUUCCAAUAUAAUCCUGCUGUCAAUACAAUUUUCCUAUCCAAAGUAGGUGAUACAAGUAUUGAUUUACCUGAAGCCACUUGUUUAAUUCAAAUUUCAUCCCAUUAUGGUUCAAGACGUCAAGAAGCGCAACGAUUAGGACGUAUUUUAAGAGCCAAAAGACGUAAUGAUGAGGGUUUUAAUGCAUUUUUUUAUUCUCUUGUAUCACGAGAUACACAAGAAAUGUAUUACUCUACCAAACGUCAACAAUUUUUGAUCGAUCAAGGUUAUGCCUUUAAGGUUAUUACUAAUCUAGAAGGUAUGGAUAGUGAUCCAAAUAUUGUUUUUAGAACACAUCAAGAACAAAUGGAUCUUUUGAAAGCAGUAUUAUUGACAAAUGAUGCUGAUUUAAGAGAUGAAGAUAUCUCUAUUGCUGACGAUGUUGGUAAAAUUACAGAUCGUAAAGUUGCAGCAAAGAAUCGGGCUUCAGGACUUGUUAGAAGACAAACUACUACUACUAAAACAUUAGCUGGAGGUGAUAACAUGGCCUAUAUUGAAUAUAAUCGUAAUGCUAAUGGGCAAUUUGCUGGUCGUGGUCGUGGUAAUGGUAACUCCUCAGCUAAAGAACAUCAUCAAUUAUUUAAGAAGUAUUUAGGAAGAAGAUAAUAGCUUUAUUUAAAUGCAAUAUAUUGUAUAUAUAAUUUUACAUUUACAAAACAGAAAAAAAAACUUUAUCAUAAAAAAAAAAGAUAUCAAAAUAUUCCCUAUCUAAUAAAGUUUCUUUUAUAUACAUAUAUAUAUAUGUAUACAUAUAUACAUGUAUAUAAAUAUAAAAUGGAAUAAUAAA